UGACUAAGGACACGUUGCUGUAAACAAAUAAUUAAAAACCAAUUGAAAUAAAGUUUCGUGAUUAUUAACUUAUAAAUUUAGUAUUGUAGUUAUUUCAUUUUUUGUUUUUUGAAAAUGAAAAUGAAGUUAAGAUUGUCCGUGGUAUUAUUACUAGUUAUUAAUCUUGCAUUUACAUCUGCUAAUGAUAAAAAUAAAACCUUCGUAGCAACAACAGAAUGGCAAGAAAUAGACGAAGGUCAAGGCAUUCCGGCAGGUUUGCAUGUACGUAUUAACUUAAAAACUGGAAAGAAGGAAGCAAAACUAUUAGAUAGUGAAGAAGAAGGCGGUAAUAAUAAUAAUAAUGGAGCCUUGUUAAACGUAGAACAAAAUGUGUAUGAAGCAAUAUCCAAAGAAUCUCUGACCAAACAUAAAGCAAAAGUCAGUAAAAAACUUUCUGAUGCUUUACAAAAUCUUCCCAAAGGCAGUUUAAGUAUUGAGUAUUCACCAGAGAAAUUAGAGCAAGUAAAACGAGAUUUCAAAACAUACGGAGAGUUGAAAUCUUUUAAGGACUUGCAAAAAGGAUUUCAUUCAGAUGGGGAACUAAUCACUAAGCUAAUUGAUGAAUAUAAAAAUAUUAGCAAAGAAGAUCAGGAACGACCGAUAACCUCGAAUACGAAAAUAAAUACACAAUUACGAAUACUUGAAGAUUUGGACUACCUUGUUCAUCAAAUUGACAAUGCUUUGUGGUUUAUUGAUAAAGGAGGCUUGGAUAAAAUACUUCUACCGCUGGUAGUAAACGAAACAAAUAUAAAUUUACGAAUGAAAGCUAUCCGUGUAUUAGGCGCACUAACGCUUAAUAAUCCUAAGGCCCAAAUAAAGGUUUUUGAAAAAAAUAUCGGAGGUUAUUUGGCACAAAUUCUUAUUUCAUCGGUACACUCGGAAGAGUUAUCAUCAGCGUUAUACGCAUUCGGCAGUCUUUUAAGAAAAUUUCCUUUAGCAUUACAAAGAAUACUCUCAACAUCUGGAACACAAGCUUUGGUAGCCGUGCUUGCGAAAGAAUGUGAAUUAAAAGUGAAGGCGAAAUCAAUAACACUUAUAAGCGAUAUAAUUGUUGAGAAAAGACUUGUUCUUUCGAAAUACGCUGAUUCGGAUAACCCAUUAGCUGCAGCACAGUAUGCUGAACUAAAUCUACAAGAAUGGCUGCAAUCGAGUGGUUUUUGCGAAACAGUCGAUGGUUUGGUUUCUUCACAACUUUAUGAACUAUUGGAGCAACCAGAUUUGACGGAGUACUUUGUGAUAGGAUUGGAAAAUACGGCCGAAAUUUGUGAAUCUAUUUGGUCAAAAAAUGCGCAACUAAGACAUACUUUAUUAACCAUAAAAAACCGUUAUAUGCAGAGUAAAGAUGAGUUCCGUGGGGAAGUAGCUCAACAAAUUGAAACGCUAGUUCAAAUUCUCUACAGUCAUAAUUCUCGAGAUGAACUUUGAAGAUUAUGUAUCAUAAAUAAUUUUAAUAAUUUAACUAAAUUAGUUCUUUAAUAUAUUAUAUAUAAAUACAUUCAUAAGUAUGCUGUUUGAAUUGUGGUUAAUAUGGAAAUAUGAAUAUGUGUCUGCUAGUAGUCAAAUGAACAGUAAUUGUAUAUGAGUUAAGUUUCGUUGAAUUAAAUUUUUGGUAAUUUGGUAGUCCAUGGACAAUCAAAACAAAAUAUGUAUAUUUAUAUUUGCUUUAAUACUGAUUUCAUAGCUAAAUUUAAAUUUUUACUAAAACAGAUUAAUACAUAUUCUUUUGGCAAAAAAUAAGUGUUUCUUAAAUUUUUUAUGUGGCUGUCCAAAGUUAAACUGAUAAUGCACUUGUGUUUAAGGAAGGAGAAGCUUAAUCCAUUGUCCAGAUAUGCAUUUAAUUUAUUUUGUAUAAGUUUUAAGUUAUGACUUUAUUGAAUAAAUUAUUUAUUUUAAAUGUAAUAAAGCAAUGUGAUAAACUAAGAAAAGACAA